AUGUCCGAAGGCCAUAGUGCUCCUCCGGCCCACGAUGCCCCAGUGACGGCUACAGGGGACAGCACCGGUGCUGCCCCCGUCGCAGUCGAUGCUCGCCACCACGCUAACCAUGCCCAGGCCCAGGCCCAGUGGCACAGCCCGAAGGAGCAGGACUCCGUCGGGCGGCUCACCCCGCGGCCGACUUUCAUGGAGAACCUGGUGAACUCGCGGGACUCGCAGUUUCACCUCGAUCGACGGGACUCCAGUGAGCUGGAGCGCUACUUUCACGGUCCCCGGGAAAUGGACAGGCACUCGAAAUGGCCCAUAUUCAUGCGGAUGCAUGGCAGUGUCACGCCAAAGAUGAUCCUGCCCCUUCUAAUUGUGGGCGGCUGGGCCACUUGCAUUACUUGCAUUUCCAGAUUUGUUCAUAACCUUGGCGUGAACAACAUCCUGCUUACCGUGCUGGGUUUCGUGGUGGGUUUGGCAUUGUCAUUCCGCAGUUCGACUGCGUAUGAAAGAUGGGCAGAUGGGCGCAAGUACUGGGCGCAACUCAUCCAGACCUCUCGCAAUCUGGCCCGGACGAUCUGGGUCAACACCGGCGAACGUGAAGGCGAGAACGGAAAGGUGGACCUUCUCCGCAAGCUCACUGCCAUGAACCUCAUCCUGGCAUUCGCCGUCGCCCUCAAGCACAAGCUCCGCUUCGAACCGGACAUCGCCUACGACGACCUUGCCGGUCUUGUCGGCCACCUGGACACCUUUGCCCGCGAUGCGCACGACCGCAACGCCAUCACCCCUCGCCCCAAGUCUCUCUGGAAGGCGACUGGCGAGUAUCUGGGCGUAUCAUUCGCCGAGUCCAACCCCCGCAAGCUGAUCAAGCGAUCCAAGAAGCCACUGGGUCACCUGCCCCUUGAAAUUUUGAACCAUCUGUCGGCGUAUAUCGAUUCGUGCGUGAGCAACGGCACCUUGACCUCGGGUCUGCACCAGAGCCAAGCCAUUACCAUGAUGUCCACGCUGAACGAGGUUUUGACUGGUACGGAGCGGGUGCUGGACACCCCUCUGCCGGCCGCGUACAGCAUCGCGAUCUCGCAGAUUGCGUGGAUUUACGUUAUGGUUCUCCCCUUCCAGCUUUACAAUUUGUUGCUAUGGGUCACCAUCCCGGCCUCCAUGGUGGCUGCGUACAUCAUCAUCGGCCUGGCCACCAUCGGCAGCGAAAUCGAGAAUCCCUUCGGUCAAGAUGUCAACGAUCUGCCCCUUAACACCUACUGCCGCCAGAUCGCUAUGGAGCUAGACAUCAUCACCGCCACGCCGCCUCCCAACGUGGAUGACUUCAUGAGCCGUCCGGAUAAUCUCGUUCUGUUCCCGCUCAGCCAAGACAGCUAUGAUGAGUGGAAGGCGCGGAGCAAGGAGGACAUCCGCGCCGCCCUCCGGCAAAAGGUGGCCGCCGGCUCAGGCCUGGGUUCCAUCGUGAAUGGGUCAGAUUCGUCUACCGAGGUCGAGAGGAUCACCACAAAGACCAAGCAGUCUGUUUGA